CAAUUGUUGUGUUGUCGACGCACAAUGACGGUCGCAACCACAACCGAAACCGUCUCCGGGACGGUGCUGGCAACGAAGGAUGUGAACCUCAAGCAUGCAUCCCAGACCGCUGCCAACGAUCUGAACAACAAUUUCAACGGAAUGGGUGAUAGCAAGGAGCUAACGGACAAGGAUCUGGACGACUAUCUGGAGCAUUACAACAAAUGGCAGCAGAGUCGAUUUGGCCGGGCGCUACAGCAGUGGAUCGCCGACCGUUUCGGGCUAAAGUUUGAUGCGGAGAUUAAGUGGAAAAAUGUGGCCAUGAUCGGUGGCUUGCAUCUGCUGACGGUGGUGCUGUUUUUCAAAUACGUCUGGUACUCCACACUGACGACGUGGCUGUGGGGCAUUUUUGUGGGUGGCUGUGCAGGAUUCGGCGUAACCGGCGGUGCCCAUCGGCUGUGGACGCAUCGAGCGUACAAGGCAAAGCUACCGCUCCGUAUCAUCCUGAUGUGCUGCUACUGCCUGUCCGGUCAGAACAGUCUGUUCGAUUGGGUGCGCGAUCACCGCAUCCAUCACAAGUACUCGGAAACGGAUGCCGAUCCACACAACUCCAAUCGGGGCUUUUUCUACGCCCACGUUGGCUGGCUGCUGAUCCGCAAGCAUCCGGAAUGCAUCAAGAAGGGCCGGCUGAUCGAUAUGUCGGACGUGCUGGCUGAUCCGGUCAUACAGUUCCACCAGCGCUACUUUAUGGCGCUGAAGAUCCUGUUUACCUUCAUCGUGCCGUCCUUUAUUCCGUGGCUAUUUCUGGGCGAACCCCUGUAUCUGUCCUUCCUGGCGAACUGUCUGCUGCGAUACGUGCUGACGCUUAACUUUACCUGGUUGGUUAACAGUGCGGCACACAUCUACGGCAACAAACCGUACGACAGUCGCAUACGACCGGCAGAAAACAAAACCGUCUCGAUCCUGUCGAUGGGUGAAGGAUGGCACAACUAUCACCAUGUGUUCCCGUGGGAUUACAAGGCGGCCGAGAUGGGACAUUAUGCGGUCAAUCUGACGACCUUCUGGCUGGAUGUGUUUGCCAAGAUUGGCUGGGCGUACGAUCUGAAGGAACCGUCAAAGGAUCUUGUUCGCCGAACGCUUGAAAAAUACGGAGAUGGUACCCAUAUAACCACGCCGAUCGGACACCUGACAGAGGUUCCCGAGCAGGAAUCGACCAAGAGCAGAUAA